GAAGCCAUCGCUCGCUCAACCCCCCCCCCCCCCCCCCACCAAAAACCCAAACCCCGCCGCGCCGCCGCGGAAGCCCACGGAUGGAUCCGCCGUCGCCGCCGGAUGUGCUCAGCAGGUCCGACGUCCUCUCCUGGAUCGCCGACCGCACGUCAAUCGGAAGCGGCGGCGGCGGCGGCUCGAGGGAGAGCGCGUUGCUGGAGGCCGUGGCGGAGGGGAACGUCCGCCGCCUGAAGAAAAUGGUGAAUAGAAUGGAUGAGAAGGACAGGGAAAAGCUUACUGAUAUGCAUAUAGAUGGCAUUGGGUUAAUGCAAGUGGCAGCAAACCUGGGAAAAAUUGAGGUCAUCAGGUACCUUGUGGAGGAGCUUGGCUUUGACGUCAAUGCUGGUUGCCUCUGUGGUGGUGCUACAGCUUUGGGUUGUGCCGCAUUAUUUGGAGAAGUUGAUACUGUGAGAUAUCUUCUUGACUGUGGGGCUGAUCCUAAUAAGAUAGAUGAGACAGGCCAUGUUGCUCUUCAUUGUGCUGUGAAAAAUGGGCAUGAAGAAGUAGCACGUCUCUUGUUAUCUAGUGGAUCCAGGCUUGAUAUAGCUGUUGCUCACGGGACACCACUACAUAUUGCUGUUUCCUUUGGGAAGACUGGUGUUGUCAAGAUUUUAUUGGAUCACCAUGCAGAUCCAAAUAACACUUCAGGAGUUUGGGGUACCCCUAUACUCACGGCUCUUCAUUCUACUAAACAUGGAUUGGAUGAAUCUGAUUCUUUGGGAUGUGUAAAGCUGCUUGUCAAGGCUGGUGCUGAUGUGAACUAUGCUUGUCCAAACACUCCCUUGGUGGUGGCCACGACAGAGGGUUUAACUGAUUGUAUGAAGUACUUGCUUCAGGUUCACGCAGAUCCUAACAUCCCAGAUAAACAGAGCGGACGCACACCAAUAGAAAUCGCUGCAAGCUUACGAAAAAGAAAUCAUGUGGAGAUUCUAUUUCCUUUCACUUCCCCUGUUAGAGCAGUAACAAAUUGGACAGUUGAAGGAAUUAUUACUCAUGGGAAAUCAAGAUGCUCAAUGCCCAAGAUUAAGGAUGAGCCAUGUAGCAAGGUCAAUGACAGAAAGGUUGAGCUAAAAUCACUGGGAGGAAAAGCAGUUAAGAGAAAGGACUACCUUGGUGCAUCAAGGAUAUACUCUGAGGCACUUGAGCUAGAUUAUUUUGAUGCAACCUUGUAUUCAAACAGAAGCCUUUGCUAUCUACGAAUUGGAGAAGUGCAAAAGGCUUUGCUUGACGCAGAAAUGUGUGUAAAACUGCGACCUGAGUGGGUGAAAGGCCACUACCGGGAAGGAGCUGCUUUGAUGUUGCUGAAGGAGCACAAGAAAGCAUUCGAGGUGUUCUUGAAUGCAUUGAAACUGGAUCCUGCGAAUGCUGACAUUGAGAAAGUGUUGUGGGAAGCAUUGGAGGCGAUGAAAAAGGAUGAUGCUGCUGAAGAGAAAACCUUAAAGUCGGUAGAUUACACGCUCCAUUUGCAGAUGCAUAUAUGCUGUCCUGCUGGGUCUGAAGUGAACGCUUCUUUUGGGGUCUUUUGACCAUAUCGCAUCGCUUGGGUAGAGAACCUAGUUACUGUAUGUUAAUGCGUUCAACUUUUGGAGUUUGAUGGUUGUGCUAUGUUUUGUCCAACAUUUUAUCUUUCUCGAUUACUCGUACGAACAGACUCUUGGUAUGUUCUGCUUA